UGCUUCUUCUUCUUCAUGACUCUUCACCGUUUUCAGCAGUUCGGUGUCGCCGUCGUGGUUUCUUCAGCCUCUGCCGCUACCGCAGCCUCCUCGCAGCCGUUUUAUUGACUCCAUUGUUGUAACAGAAUAUUAUAGGACUACGGAUUUCGUCGUUAAUCACAGAGAAGGAAGUAGCUAGGGAUUUCUUUCAACAGCAAUUGUUCUUUGGAAUCGUAAUUUCAGUUAUCUUCGGUCGUUGUUUGAUGACAGUGAUUGAGAAUUGACGAUAUUAGGUUAAAUGGAAGAAUCUGAGAAACGGAGGGAGCGACUGAGAGCAAUGCGAAUGGAAGCUUCGCAGGCUGAUGUCGCCAAUUAUGUCGAAACUUCUCUGCCUAAUCAUCUUUCAAAUCCAUUGGUUGAGUCCUCAGCUAACAUGCUAGGGCAAUCAGAACCAUGUACCGCCCCAAGAUUUGAUUAUUACACAAACCCUAUGGCUGCAUUUUCUUCUAGCAAGAAGAGAGGGAAUCAGACUGUGUCUCAUGAUUAUGUUCCUUCCCACCUCAAUAGUUCUCCAGAUGUUUAUGUUCCUUCCCACCUCAAUAGUUCUCCAGAUGUUUAUGUUCCAUCAAAUUUUCCAGGAAUGAGAAACCCUGAAAUGUCUCCCUCUGCGCCUCAUCAAUUCCAUCAACAUUCACCUGACCAGAGAUUCUAUGCACGAGGUUAUAGUGGAUCUGGUGGCCAUGGUAGCCCAGCAAUGCCCAGGCCUUUUCCUAUGGAUCAAAGAAGUCCUAAUAUGUGGGGUGGACCUAGAAGCCCAUAUGUCAACCACUUUCCCGGCCCUCCCCCAAGGGGGAUGAACUCCCCCAGAGGCCCUUUUGUCAACCAAUUCCCUAGCCAGCUACCAAGGGAUAUGAUCUCACCCAGCUUUGUCUCUGGACCAAGAGGUAAUUCUUACCCCAAUCAAACGCAAGACAUGGUUAAUCACCUCAGUCCAAGUCCUAGUCCUGGGUAUCAAGGCAGUUCUAGUCCUGGUGGAGGCAGCCAUGGUCAUCGUGGCAAUAUGACUCCUAGUCCAAGAUUUGGCUCGGGACGAGGUUUUGGUUCUCAUGGUCGUCGUUUUUCAUCAGACGAAUCAUCUAGACCAGAACAGUUUUACAAUCCAUCCAUGCUUGAAGAUCCCUGGAAGGUUCUGCAACCUGGUAUUUGGAGGCCAGUUGCUCCAUUGAGAAGUUCUGCCAACACUUCAGAAUCUUGGAUUUCAAAAUUCAAUACGAAAAAAGCAAGAGUUUCAGAUGCUUCUUCUGGCAGGUCAAGCUCUCAACCCAGCCUCGCCGAGUAUCUCGCUGCUUCCUUCAACGAAGCAGCCAACAACACACCAGGUGAGUAAAACUGUAAGUCUGAAACUAGGGAUUCUCAAAAUCCCAGCCUAAUUUUUCUCCAUACGCUGGUUUAAUAUGGUAAUAUUUAAGGUAAAUCUGUAGAGUGACAGUUAUAUCUCUCCAUGUUAGUUUGUGAGUUCUAUGACCUAUUUUCUGUUAGCUAUAUGUUUUGUGGACCGUGUUUGACUGAUGGAUAUGAUUUAGCUAUGCUCGUCUUUAUAAAGAAUUUAGUAGGAUUAUGUUCCAAAUAA